CAAACUUGAACCAAAAUAUUACAAAAUUAUUAUAUUGAGAUUUUUCCAAGUUGGUGUCCAAUUUUUCAGAACCACUUGCUUAUAAAUACUCCCAUCGAUCCUCGAUCAUCAUUGAAAAACACACCAAAAUAUUUCUUUCUUUACCAGAUAUAAGGAAAGAAAAAGACCAAAAAAAAAAAAUAAUAAUAAUAAUAAUAAAUAAGUAAAAGCAUAAUGGGGUUGUCAUUCUACAACAUACUUGUUCUUCUGCUUCUUGUGGUGCUCUUAAAGCUUAUGUUGUUGAUCAAUAUUGUGGUUGCUGCUAAUUUGUCUCUUCCUUCUUGUCAUGAUGAUGAGAGGUCUGCCUUACUGCAUUUCAAGAAAAGCUUUGUCAUUACCAAAUCUGCUUCUCCUCAAGAAGGUGCUUAUCCUAAGGUUCUACAAUGGAAAUUUGAUGACGAAGAAGGAGGACAAAAUAGUAAUUGUUGCUCAUGGGAUGGUGUUGAAUGUGACGAGAAGACUGGUCAUGUUAUUGGCCUUAACCUUACAAAUAGUUGUCUAUUUGGCUCCAUCAACUCCAACAGCACUCUCUUCAGCCUCUUUCAUCUUCGUAGCCUGAGUCUUUCUGGGGAGUUGCCAUCUCAAUACGUCUCCAACUGGAAUGAAAUGAAGGUUUUGGAUGCCAAUGAUUUCACUUAUAUGAGUGCUAAGUGGAACUUUACUCUUUCAAAGGAUUACCACUACACAAGUAAUGAUCUCUAUGAAAUCACAAUAAUUUCCAAAGGUGUGGAAAGAUACUAUAGUGCCAUCCAAAAUAUUUUUGCUUUUAUUGAUUUGUCAAGCAACAAAUUUGAAGGAGGUAUUCCUGAAUCGUUUGGGAACCUAAAAGGUCUUCACUCUUUGAACCUUUCCAACAACAUGCUCACUGGUUGUAUCCCAUCAUCUUUAGGCAACUUAGCAAUGCUUGAAUCUUUGGACCUUUCUCAAAACAAUCUUUCUUGUGAGAUCCCUCAACAGCUCCAACAACUUGGAUUCCUUGCAAUCUUCAAUGUCUCUCACAACAAUCUCAUAGGGGGCAUACCACGAGCGAGACAAUUUGGUACAUUCGACAACAGUUCAUUUGAAGGGAACUCAAGAUUGUGCGGUGAUCCAUUGUCAAAGAAAUGUGAAAAUUCUCAGUCCUCCAAACCACCUUCUGUGACUUCUGAAGAACUUGAUGAAGAUUCAGAGUCUUUAUUCAAGCUAGAUUGGAUAUUUGUGUUGAUGGGAUAUAUAAGUGGACUGGUAAUUGGAGUAGUUCUUGGUGAUAUUGUGAUCACAAGGAGAAAUGGAUGGUUGGUUAAGAUGUUAUCCAAGAAGAGAAUGGGAAAAAGGAGGAGAAGGGAUAGGAGAAAUUGAACACAUGAAGCCUACUAUCUUCUUCAUCAAUCUUUAGUGUGCUUUUAUAUUACUCAAAAAAAAUAAAAAAUAAAAAUCUCUAGUGUGCUUUUUAUUUUUCUUUGUUUUCUAGAGACCAUUAUGCAUAUUUCUGUACUCUUUAUUUGCAUUAAUAUAUAUGUUUGUGUAUCUAUAUAUUUUGAUAUGUUUGAAAUACAGUUGUUAGCCUAUGUUACGAACCUACUCAUAUAUAUACACAUCACAAUGUUCCAUUAAUUUAUUGAAUGGAUGUUGUCAUGAUUUAUUUUUAAUAAAACUAAGUUAAUCUUUAAUAUUAUUAUUAUUGUUCUGUAAUAUCUUAAAAAUUAAAGAGUUGAUUUUAGUUAUAAGAGGAAUUUAUAGAUUAUAAAUUUCAUAAUCAUUGUUAGUUUCCACUCAAAACAAUCAUUGUUAGUUUUUCAUGUUUGGGAGUAAAAAG